CAUUCUAGCGGCUUAUUCUAUUUCGUUGGUUUGUUCUGAUAGAUAGAAAAUGCAGCAGUCCACUUGGGCGGACCUUAAGUUUCACUUUUGGCUCAUAGUUCGUCUGACAUGUAGGAAUCAUGUUGUGUUCCGCGUUCACAGCUCGCGCAGUUUGCUGUCUUUGUCUUUGGGGAUGUGUUGCACAGAGUUUAAGGACAUUACCUCAUGUACAGCAGUUUUAUGUGGUGAGACCUCAGAGUAUAAGAGCUCGCAGGAGUGUCUCCAAACAGGUACGGUCUGAUGAAGAAUCACAAAACCAUGAGAUAUAUCCUGAUCAACUCACAUAUCAAUUAUUCUUUGGAGGGAAAAAUCACACAAUACAUUUGGAAAAGAACAUACAACUCAUUGGACAUAAUUAUACUGAAAUAUACUAUCAGGAUGAUGGAUCAAUUGUGAGCAGCAAUCCACAUAUAAAGGACAAUUGCUAUUAUCAUGGCUAUGUUCAGGAUUUGGAGGAUUCCUCAGUGAGUGUGGGAAUCUGUUCUGGAAUCAGAGGUUUUGUUAAGGUGAAUCAUGAAGUGUACCUGAUUGAACCACUAAACAAUCACAUUGAUGGAGACCAUGCAAUCUAUAAGCAGAAACAUCUAAGAUGGAAGAGAAAAUCUUAUGCUGAAUCACACACCACUAUUUAUGACCAUGAACCACCAGUGGCUGCUCCCUUGAAAUCCAGCAGCUGGACUCUUAAACGUUUUGACAUUCCAAGAUUUGUGGAAAUGUUUCUGGUGGUGGAUAACACUGAGUAUAAAAGCUACAGGUCUAACAUGGACUUUAUCAGAAGUAGGAUGCUGGAAGCUGCAAAUCAUGUUGACAAGUUGUAUCGGCCCCUGAAUAUCCAUGUUAUGCUGGUGGGUUUAGAGGUGUGGACAGAUCAGGAUCACAUUGUGGUGAGUGAGAGUUCAGAUGAAACUCUCAGCCACUUCCUUGAAUGGAGAAAGAACAAUCUGCUUAAACGAGUGAACCAUGACAACGCUCAGUUUGUGACUGGAAUAGAUUUUUGGGGUGACACAGUCGGGCUGGCAAACAAAUGUGCAAUGUGUAGUGAAAAUUCAGCAGGUGUUAACCAGGAUCAUAAUCAGGAUGCACUGGGUCUGGCGUCCACCAUUGCUCAUGAAAUGGGUCAUAACAUGGGAAUGUCUCAUGAUGAAAUUCACUGCACCUGUGGCACAUCCAUGUUCAACUCCAUCUGCAUCAUGACAGAGCGUGUGGGCAAUCUAUUCCCAGAGCAGUUCAGUGACUGCAGUCUGCAGCAGUUGAGUGCGUUUCUGGAAAACGCUAACCCCAGCUGCCUGCUAAACACCCCCAGCUCACACAGACUGUACAGUGGGCCUGUGUGCGGCAAUGCUUUCCUAGACCCCGGAGAGGAGUGUGACUGUGGGAAAGUGGAGGAAUGUGAAAAUCAAUGCUGUAAUGCUGCAACAUGUCGGCUCACUGAAGGCUCACACUGUGCUCAAGGGGAUUGCUGUGAGAAUUGCCAGAUCAAAACUGCUGGAAGUUUGUGUCGGGAAUCUGUAAAUGAGUGUGACCUUGCGGAAUACUGCACAGGUCUGUCAGAGCAGUGUCCAGACAAUGAUUUUAACAUGAAUGGAAAACCCUGCAGUUCAGGCCAGGGUUACUGUUACAAUGGUCAAUGCCCUACUCACCUCCAACACUGCCAAAGACUUUGGGGAACAGGUGCCUCAGUGGCUUCUAAAGCAUGUUUUUAUCAAAACACAUUUGGAAAAAAUGAUUCUCACUGUGGAAAGACCAAAGACCGCUACAGAGCCUGUACAGAAGAAAACAUGUUUUGUGGAAAGAUAUUUUGCAUGGGAGGAAAUAUCUACCCGAUUACAGGUCAGAAAGCUGUCAUAGUAACACGCAUGGGACAAAUAUGCAGCAUUGCCGGGGACCAAACAGAGGAGGAUGCCCUCAGCAUGGUGCCCAAUGGAACAAAAUGUGGACACAAUAAGGUUUGCUAUGAAUAUAUGUGCCAAGACCUGAGUGUUUAUGGCAGUGAUGAAGACUGCUCAUUAAAAUGCAAUGGUAGAGGGAUUUGCAAUCAGAAAAAACAAUGCCACUGUGAGGCUGGUUGGGCACCUCCUUACUGUGAUGUCACAUUCUCUGAAUUGCCUUCCGGAGGAGGAGUGAAGAUUAUUGGCUACUUAGCAGCAGUUGCAAUAGUUCUGCUUGCUGUAAUAAUCGGAUUAGUGGUUUAUUGUAAAAAGAGAAAAGUCAUCGGGCAGCAGACGAAAACUGCAUCUUCAGGACAGACCCUUCUUGAUGAAAACAGCACUGCCAAGAGAGACCGCCCUCAGAUCAGCCUGCCUAUAUUCAUGGAGACCACAGUAACUCAACCCUGCCUCCCUCUAACCACAAGAGUGGCUCCAACCCAUCCUGCUCUCCCGCCCUCUAAACAGUCACCACCACAGCUACAGAAGGCUCCAGAUGGAAUCAAGUCAACUCCUCCUCCAGUUCCUCCAGCGAAACCAAUUGUAGUAGCAAGAUCCUUGAAGUCAGAUCAAGUCACAGGAGAUACAGUGAAGAUCUCACUAUGGCCCACCACCAUUCCAAGAAGAUGACCACAUUUUAAAUCAUCAUCUGACUAAUUUUACCAAAUUGCAGCCCUGCUUGUUCACUUCUAUAUUCUGUGGGCAGCUAAAUCACACUGUGCCUGUUUAAACCAUGCCUUUAAAACAAUGCCAAUGCCUUAAAAUGCUUGAAUUGAUUUGUCCGUUAAAUGUUAGCAGCAAGAAAUAUUAUUAUACAUCAUCUAAAUAUGUGGUUUGGAAAAUAAUCCACAGACCAAACUGCUUUAUAAUGAGUUUAAUUUAUUAUUUAGAAUAUUUUAUAGAUGUGUAUAUAUUCAUUUCUUAUAAAUGUUUUUAUUAAUUACAUGCCUCAGUAUUAAAUAAGUUAAGUCAUUACACUUGAAAGCAUCAGUAGUUUAAUUUCUAUUUUGACAAUUUUUUUAUGUUCUUAUUUGUGCACAAAAAGUCAAAAGGGUAUUACAUUUCAAAAUAAAAAUUUCUUCCUACAUUCUCACUACAGAUUGUUCAGUUGGCAACUUCCCUUUAUUUGCCUGGCAACCACCCUAAUCACAAUUUCCACAAAUAAAUUUUGACUUCUAUCUUUAGAGGGCACAUUAAAAAUACAUGGACAACAGCUUUUU